GAAAGAGGUGGGGGCGCCGCAGGUGUGAGGGCGCGGCGGCGUGACAGCUAAGAGAGCCGUGGCUCCUCACGCCGCGCCCUGUUCUGCCUAGCCUUGUGGAGGUGUGGGGUGUUACUGCUGCCGGUCCCGUGACUGCCGCUGUGGUCAUUUACUCAAAACAUCACGCAGGUAGUUCAGGCGAUUUUUUUCCCCAUCGGAUCCCAGCCGACCUCGUCCCUCCAAAGCGACUUCCAUCUCUGCUGCGGCCCAGGUUGGUUCUGGCUUGCCUGGGUCCCACGGCCCGAAGACACUGGCCAGAAGCGACUUCUGCCCCGGUGGCUAAAGCCCUCUGUGGCUUUGGUGCGUCUCCAGUGGCCUCUCAAAAGCCGCCAAGUGCCCCACAUCCCAUAUACACGAGCUUUGGCGGGCGCCAUGGGGGUGGGGUGAAGCUUAGUUGUCUCCAACUAAGAGACUAGAGUAAGGGUCCUGAGGAGGACAGAAGACAGUCCCUCACACGGAAAAGGGGUGUGAAUUCCUACCCGGCCGUGGUUCAAGGUGGCUGUGAUCUGGCGUCCCACCACGGUCCUCCUGGAGUCCAGCUGACUCCCCCCAGGCUGCCCCGUGGGCCCAGUGGAGAGGGAAGCUUGGGCACAGAUAGUGCUGGCAAUAGCUGGAGGGUUUGUUUGUUGUUUUCAGAUUUCUCAGGGAAAAAUAAAAUGAAUAAGAAGAAGAAGCAGCGGAACUCAGGGGGUGACCUCCCUCUCUCAAAGCCUCCCAAGAACCCACGGCUGAAGGACCCCCAUGGAAGCCCCGAGAGCUCUGUGCUGUCACAGUCACGCCACUCCAGAGAGUCAGAAGACAGCUCUGAAUCUGCUGCCUCUGUAGAGCCAGGUGGGGAGGAACCACAACCCACAGCUUCCAGCUGCCCUGUGGAGGACACAAGAGCUGUCUCUGACCUCCCAGGGUCACCAGAAGAGCUAGUCCCCCUGCCUCCUUCCCAGAACUCAGCCAGGAGGUUUGUCCCCCAGUUUGUCAAGUCUAAGAAGACAAUAACCAGAAAAGCCAAGGCAUGGAAAGACGUUCCAGAGAGCUGCAUUGGAAGCCAAGAAACAUGGCCAGAGCUGGGUGCCCUCCAGGCAGACAGCCAGCCACAAAAGGAGCCCCUGAAGUUCCCUUUCCAUGAUGCCAGGAGACCAGAAGACCAGACAUGGGCAGACAGUACCUGCUCAAAGGAGAGAACCAUCUCCCCAGAUAUUGAAAGCCUAGCGAACAGUGAUUUUGAGAUGCAGAGGACCAGGGUUCAAGACAGUGAUGGCCAGGGAAGACAUCUGUCAGAUGGCGAUGCUGAAGGGAGGCAGGCAGACAGCAGAGCCCCACAGGAUGGAGGUGCCCAAGAAGUGGGAACAGGAGCCCAGCAGUCUAGGGAACCCCAGGAAGAAGGCACCCUUUACAUUUCAGUAUCAGCUCCUGCCUCAGACCCCACUGUGCCUGUCCCCACACACAUACUCAGCAGCACAGGUGCAACACCAAGCUGCAGCAACCCAGCAGAUGCCUCUCUUACAGACAGUAUCAUCACAGAUGUGAGCUUAGAUCCCUCUCUGCUGCAGCAGAGGGCUCCAGAGGUGGCCAUGCUGCCAGGCUCUCCCGAUGGGCAGACUCCUGGUGCAGGCUGCAGUGGGACUCUGCUGGGCUACAUACCUCUUGCUGAGGAGACUACAGCAAGCAGAGAGGAGGCCAGGCUGGAAGACGGGUCCCCUGGUGACAACCUGGCAAGCCUCGCUGAGGCUGCAGUUCCUGGAAAACAAAAGUCCAUGGUAGAUGCUGGAGAUCCAGGCCAUAUAGAACAGGAAAUGAGUCCAGCUAUUGAAACCAAGGACUCUGGCUCUGACGGACAGUUGCCAGAAGAGAUAGGAACACUGCCUUUAGAGGCACAGCCCAUGAACCAAAAGGUAGUGGAGUUAAGCAGCCUAAACUGCCAUCAAGACUUUGAGAACCUCAGUUUGUCCCCUGAUACCUCCCCUCAGCUAGAGUAUAACCAUGCAGCUAAUGACCUUCCCCAGGGGACCAAGGCCUGUCAUAGCAGCCCAGGAAUUCCCAUAGACCUGGCAGGGCAGCCUCAGUCAGCUCCCAGUACUAGAGAUGAGGCUGCAUGGCAGGAGUCCUCAACAGUGGAAUUAGACUUCCUGCCUGACAGUCAGAUACAAGAUGCCCUGGAUGCCCCCAACAUGGAGGCCCUAUCUGAGCAGGGCUUCCCUACAGAGAACCUUCCAGGCCAUGACUGGCCUGUCCCUAACCCAUGUGCCACUGGAGGAUCUCCAAGGGCGCUGGCCAAAUCUCAGCCCAGACCCACUAUGGGGACCUGGACCCAGGAGGCCUGCAGGAUGCAAGACGCCACAGACACAGUGCGCGGCCUCGUGGUGGAACUCUCCAGUCUCAACCGGUUGAUCAUGAGCACCCACCGCGACCUGGAGGCCUUCAAGCGCAGGAAGGCCAAGCCUCUGCCGUACCUGACAAAAGGGUUGGGGAGCCUUGCUAGAGGGGAUCAGGGCUGGAGGGAACUAUAGCUGCUCCAGCCUGCGGCCCCAGUGCCCUCCCGGCCUAUGGGGUCAGCUUUUCUGGGGCUGCAUAUCCCAGAGGCUGAGGGCGCCUGAGCUUCAUCUGGGAGCCGCCCUCCAGCCUUCAGAGCCAGGCCAAGCUGAGCUGCAGGUGUCUUUCCCUUUGUUCCGGGAGGAAAGAGGUGCUCUGUGCCUGUCCCCCUCCACGCCCCCACCUGCUGUCCCUGUUCCUUUUGGGAAGUCAGGGAAUAAAUGAUGCAGUCAAGAGCC